UUGCAGGUCCGUCCUCCGCCAUGCACGCCCGCCUGCUGGCAGAUGUCCGUCGCCACAUACGAUGGCGGGGCUGGCGGUGCGCGUGCGCACAACAGCGAGCGGCCUCCACCGAGGUCCAGCCCCUUCCUCCUCGGGCCCAAGUGGUCAUCUGCGGGGGCGGCGUCAUGGGGGCCUCCGUGGCCUAUCACCUGACCAAGCUGGGCUGGCACGACAUCCUGUUACUGGAGCAGGGCAGGUUGGGUGCCGGUUCCACGCGGUUCUGUGCCGGGGCGGUGAGUACCGUCAAACACAUCUCCAUAGAGACGGAAAUGGCCGACUAUUCCAACGAACUAUACCAGCAGCUGGAGGCCGAGACGGGCGUGCCGACGGGGUACACCCGGACGGGCACCAUCCUCCUGGCUCAGACGCAGGACCGGCUCAUCUCCCUGCGGCGGAUCAUGUCCCGGCUGAGGAUGAAGGCGAUACCCUGCGAGAUCAUCACCCCGAAGAGAGUGCGCGAGCUCCACCCCCUCAUUAAUAUUCAUGACCUGGUGGGUGCCAUGUACGUGCCGGAGGACGCGGUGGUCUCCACCUCGGAUGUGACGCUCGCCAUGGUGACCGCCGCACGGAGUAAAGGCGCUCAGGUCCACGAGCAGACCACGGUGAACCACGUCCUGGUGGAGAAAGGCCACGUCAGCGGAGUGGACACGGACCGCGGUCAGGUGGAGUGCGAAUACUUCGUCAACUGCGCAGGACAGUGGUCCUAUGAGCUCGGCCUGUCUAACGAGGAGCCUGUCAGCAUCCCGCUGCACGCCUGCGAACACUUCUACCUCCUGACCCGCCCCCUGGCCACGCCCCUGAGGGAGAGCACGCCCAGUACGUCUUCUGGCCUCUUGUGCAGAGUCAGCGCUCUGCUGCGCCGCAUGCCGUCCCUGGAAGCGCUGGAGAUCUUACGCCUGGUCAGCUGCCCGGAGUCCUUCACCCCCGAUAUGCGCUGUGUGAUGGGCGAGAGCCCUACGCUGUCCAAGUACUUCGUGUUGGCCGGGAUGAACUCUCAGGGCUGCUCGCUGGGAGGCGGAGCUGGCAGGUUCCUCGCGGAAUGGAUGGUCAAUGGUUACCCACAAGAUAACGUGUGGCCCCUGGACAUCAAGCGCUUUGGGGCCCUCCAGAGCAGCAGGACUUUCUUGCGGCACCGAGUGAUGGAGGUCAUGCUCUCUAAUUGGCUCGCAGAACCUCUACUCAGCGCUCUGCUGCGCCGCAUGCCGUCCCUGGAAGCGCUGGAGAUCUUACGCCUGGUCAGCUGCCCGGAGUCCUUCACCCCCGAUAUGCGCUGUGUGAUGGGCGAGAGCCCUACGCUGUCCAAGUACUUCGUGUUGGCCGGGAUGAACUCUCAGGGCUGCUCGCUGGGAGGCGGAGCUGGCAGGUUCCUCGCGGAAUGGAUGGUCAAUGGUUACCCACAAGAUAACGUGUGGCCCCUGGACAUCAAGCGCUUUGGGGCCCUCCAGAGCAGCAGGACUUUCUUGCGGCACCGAGUGAUGGAGGUCAUGCCUCUGAUCUACGAUCUGAAGGUGCCGCGAUGGGACUUCCAGACCGGACGACAGCUGCGCACCUCCCCCCUCUAUGACCGGCUCGAUACCCAGGGAGCCCGGUGGAUGGAGAAGCACGGCUUCGAGAGGGCCAAAUAUUUUGUACCUCCUGGAAAAGACCUGCUGGCCCUGAAUCAGAGUAAAACCUUCUACAAGCCGGACUGGUUCGAUAUUGUCGGCUCGGAGGUGAAGUGCUGUAAGGAGGCCGUGUGCGUCAUCGACAUGUCGUCCUUCACCAAGUUCGAGAUCAGCUCUCCAGGGGACCAGGCGCUGGCAAUCCUGCAGUAUCUCUUCUCCAAUGACCUGAAUGUCCCCGUGGGGCACAUAGUGCACACCGGCAUGCUGAACGAGCGCGGAGGGUACGAGAACGACUGCAGUAUGGUGCGGCUCAAUAAGCGCAGAUUCUUCAUGAUCUCCCCUACGGAUCAGCAAGUCCACUGCUGGUCCUGGCUGAGGCAGCACAUGCCCACCGACAGCGACCUGCUGCUGGAGGACGUCACCUGGAAGUACACAGCUCUGAACCUGAUUGGCCCCCGUGCCAUGGAUGUACUGUCUGAGCUGUCUUACACUCCAAUGACCCCCGACCAUUUCCCGUCUAUGUUCUGUAAGGAGAUGAGCGUGGGCUACGCCAACGGUAUCCGCGUCAUGAGUAUGACGCACACGGGAGAGCCGGGCUAUUGCCUUUCCCUCCCGCAGUACGCGUUACACGUCUAUAACGAAAUCAUAAGCGUGGGACAGAAGUACGGAAUCCGCAACGCCGGUUACUAUGCUCUGAGGAGCCUGCGCAUCGAGAAGUUCUUCGCCUUCUGGGGUCAGGACCUGGAUCCCUUCACCACCCCGCUGGAAUGCGGCCGCGAAUUCCGAGUCAAGCUGGACAAGGGAUAUGACUUCAUUGGCCGGGACGCCUUGCUGCGGCAGCGGGAAGAGGGCAUCCUGAAACGGUUCACUAUGUUCAUCUUGGAAGAUCAUGACACAGACCUGGACCUGUGGCCCUGGUGGGGGGAGCCCAUCUACCGGAACGGGGAGCUGGUGGGCAAGACCACCAGCAGUGCCUAUAGCUACACCCUGGGCAGACACGUGUGCCUGGGCUUUAUAAACAGCCAGGACCCCGUCACCCCCGAGUUCAUCAACCGGGGACAGUACGAAAUAGAUAUCGCCGGCCAAAGAUUCCAGGCCAAAGCCAAACUUUACCCCUUCAGUUCUCUGUUCACCCAGAGACGCCGCAAGGAAGACCUGGAAAUGGGGUACUGAGCCGGAUCCGGGCCCGCC